AAAAACCACAAGUCACACACUCCAUCUACAGACGAUUUUGCUGGAGAGAAAAAGAUUACCAAUUUCACCCUUCUUCGAUCGUCAUCUUCGUCUCCACCCCUGGAAAACGUGGGAACCCUAAUCUUCUGUGAAAUUCUUACUGUUCAUAGUAGCAGACCAAGAAUUUAUAUUUACGGGAUUGAAGCAAGGUAGAAUCGAAGACGAUGGCAGGGAGAGAAGUUCGAGAAUACACAAAUCUGUCUGACCCUAAAGAUAAGAAAUCAGGGAAGGGUAAGAUUGAUGAUGAAGAUGUCACUUUCCAACGGAUGGUUGCAAAGGGAUAACGGCCCCGCCACAUUUUCUGGUUGUUGCAUUCAGAUGCAAGAGGUUGCUGGUGAACGUGGAGGAUAUCUUCAUGGACGAGGCGCUUUAGACAGCGACGAUUUACUUUAUCUGAAAGAACAGAUGGAAGCAGAGGAGGAUGCUGAACGCCUUCUGAGACGAACUGAAAAACGGGCUUUUGCUGCCUUUAAAAAAGCUGCAACUCAAGCUGAUUCAUCUCCAGCAUCUGUUCCCUUGCCCCUUCGUGUUGAGCCCAAACCAAAGAGUGGUAUCAGGCAGCAAGAUUUGCUGAAGAAAGUUGUCGAGGUUAAACCUAAACGUCCAAAAGUCUCGACACCAUCAAGCCCAAGCUUAUCUCCCCCUGUUAGAAGUGAUAGAGGUCCAACAGAUGCAAAAGUUCAGGGAGAUAGGCAGAAAGAAGAAGCCAAGACAGUGUUAAAGAAACCGGUCAGACCUGAUGAGCAACCUGGCACAGACAGAAAUGAUAGUAAUGCAACGGAAAUCAAUGGGCAAGGUCAAAAUGCUUUGAAAGGCUUGUUGGGAUUAGCGUAUGAGAGUUCAGAUGAAGAAGAAUGAGAGGAUCGAUGGAGACUGAAUAGGGUUAUAUCUUCUUUUAGUCUUCUCGUGUUUUGUCGUCUUUAAUAUUUAUGUCGAAAGCUUACAAGAGUUUAGCUUUAGGAUUCAAUACAGUUUUUGCCAUCUAGCCCUGCACUUGUUGUAAUUGUGAAAACCAAAUGGGUUUGUUAGAGUUUAAAGGCUUUUGAAGCAAAGAAUCUAAUGAAGAUGAUUUCUAAAA